CAAUAAAAACAGUUGCGCCAUUUGCCCCGCAAUUUUCAUUUAUUUUCAAUUGCUCAACGAAGGCUCGAUAUCUUUUGCUAAAAUGUCCUUUGCUACCCCAUCAACACCCACCAAAAGCAAACCAAAUUCCAGCCUAACGUCGGCAUCUGCUACAGCGGCUCAGCAGCAUCACAACCUAGAUGAUAUUAAUAUGCUGUUGUAUUUGGAAGCGUUGAAACGCAAAACCGAGAAUGAAGCUGCUGCAAUGCAAAAAAUCGAAGAGGCCUACAAAAUCUAUCAGAAAAGACGUCAAGAAUAUACCCACAUGUAUUCGCGCUAUGUGGAACUCCUCAAAAAGGCUGCCACUCGUCGUGUGCUGAAGGGACAUAGCUUGGCAGAUAAUAUGGAUCUUGCCAAAGCCAUGGAGGAUGCAACCAACAUAAAGGAUAAAUUAAACAGUGGCAGUGCCACAGAUUAUAUAGAUAAAAAUGAAUUGGAAAAGUUCAAGAAGUUAUUAUCAUCCGGAAAUAAACAUGAAAAUCUUAAGCAAUUGCGUAUGGAAAUGAACGAUUUAAAGGUGGCCACAAAGGCCAUACAAUCUUCCAUUGAGUCAACGGAAGCGGCCAUUGACAAUGGAACAAAUCAAAGUUUGGAUCUUUUCACCGAAGAACUAGAUAUGGAGAAUUUCUCUAACUUGUUUAGAAUGCAUGAAAUCGAAAAUUAAAACAACUUUGAGUUAA